GAUGUCCUAUCUUAUAGUGGAAUAGUGUAUAUUCCAGCAAUCGAUGCCUCUUCAUUGCCAUCAUUACUUCCGUCUGGAGGUAUGUAAAGAAAUAAACAACUCUCAAGUGAAGCCAAAUCAAAAGCCAGUCUGCUGCUAGAUGAACUAAGAGGUGUUGUCACACUCUCAAGAGUGAAGAAGAGCAAUAUAGACAAAAAAAUUAGUCAUGAACUGCAGGUAUUCAGUUUUAAGAGCAUUUCUAUGGCCACAAACAAUUUCUCUAAUGCAAGUAUGCUCGGAAAGGGCGGUUUUGGACCUGUUUACAAGGGAACAUUACCUGAUGGACAAGAAGUAGCUAUUAAGAGACUCGCAAAAAGCUCAGGCCAAGGGCUUUUGGAGUUCAAGAAUGAAAUUUUAUUGAUUGCCAGACUCCAGCAUACUAAUCUUGUUAGGCUUUUGGGUUGCUGCAUCGAAGGAAAUGAAAAAAUUUUAAUUUACGAGUAUAUGCCCAAUAAAAGCUUAGAUUCCUUUUUAUUUGACCCUGACAGGAAGGAGCUGCUAAGAUGGGGGAACAGAUUGAACAUUGUAGAAGGAAUUGCUCAGGGGUUACUCUAUCUCCACAAAUAUUCGAGGUUGACAAUCAUCCAUAGAGAUCUAAAAAGCAGCAAUAUCUUACUCGACGAAAAUAUGAACCCAAAAAUAUCUGAUUUUGGCAUGGCUAGAAUCUUUGGAAGGCAAGAAAGUGAAGCAAACACCAAGAGAAUUGUUGGAACCUAUGGAUACAUGUCUCCGGAGUAUGCCUUGAGGGGAAUUGUUUCGACCAAGAUAGAUGUAUUCAGUUUCGGGGUUCUACUCCUAGAGAUUGUGAGCGGCAAGAAAAACAACAGCUCGUAUCGUUUGGAACACCCACUAAAUCUCAUUGGUUUGGCAUGGGAGCUGUGGAGAGAAGGGAGAGGUGUAGAGCUAAUGGAUCCUGCACUGAGUGGAUCCUGCCCAGAAGCAGAAGUAAUGAGGUGUAUUCAAGUGGGAUUGUUGUGCGUGCAAGAUGACGCAAAAUAUAGGCCUUCAAUGUCAACUGUGGUCUCCAUGUUUGCAAAUGAAAGUGCAGAGCUACCUUUGCCUAAACAACCUGCAUUUUUCAUUGCAGAUGAAGGUGCCCAGCAGUCAGAAAGCCAAGAAAAAGAUGAAAGGUUGUCCUUGUCCACUAAUGAAAUAACAGUUUCAGAAAUGCUAGCUAGAUAAGCACCAUAUAUAGGUUAAUCAAUUCAUCAAGAUUGAUUGUGAUUCAAGCUAAGGGCAAAUUUUUGUUGUUGAAACUCUCGUCUUGUAUAGUUCUAUGGUCCAUUCUAGACUUCUGCAAACUAGUUGGUCUGUCAAUUCCCAAGACCAACUAUUAUUCCAAUUUUACCACUGUUGACU